CCGCGUAAUAAAUUCCCCAAAAACACCGCAGCCACUCCCCCGCGGCCCCGCCGACGCAAAGCAUAAUAGAUUCAUAACAACCUAUCAAACGUAAAUUUUCCCUCACCGUUGAAGUCGAUUUCAAUAGUUUCGAAGGUUUUCUCACCACCUACGGAGACUUUGAAGGCUCGGGCAGAAGCUUCAGCAGCAGCGGCGAUUCUCCGGCGUAUCGUAGGGAAUCUUCGUUUUCCUCUUCUGCAAUUUCGCUGGAGGAGUACUGUGGUGAGAUGUGUUUGGCUGUAUUUCCUCUAAUUAUACUUUGCAGAAGUUGUGGUGCAGGCAAAAGCAAGACACAUGAACAAAGUUUGUAGAAUGCUCAACACGAAAAGAAUAACAACUGAAGGGUCUCGAGAGAUCGCGAAGCCACCAUGCGUAAGCAAGUCCUGUCCUUGACGGAAGUUGCGGCUUCCAGGAUACGUCAGCUCCUCGAUAAGCGUCAGCGCUCUUUUCUCAAAUUAGGUGUCAAGGCACGCGGCUGCAAUGGAUUGUCCUACACCCUCAAUUAUGCUGAUGACAAAGGAAAAUUUGAUGAGUUGGUUGAGGACAAAGGAGUGAAGAUAUUGAUUGAUCCGAAGGCUUUAAUGCAUGUGAUAGGAACCAAGAUGGAUUUUGUUGAUGACAAAUUGAGAUCUGAGUUCAUAUUUAUCAACCCAAACUCAACGGGGCAGUGCGGCUGUGGGGAAUCAUUUAUGACAAUGAGCAACAUUGAAGCAACGAAACAAGGCAGCAGCAGCUCGUGAACAUAAUUAUAUCGACUUUCUUACAACACAAAAAUACUUAUGUUUGUACACAAAUUUUUUAGAUCAAAUUAAAUAAUAAUAAUAAAAACAUAGUUUAUGGUUUAGGACAACUGUCAAAAUCAUUUGUUGCCUAUAAUUUACACUCAAGAAGCGUGCGAUUUCUAAUCUUAAA